AUGAGCAUACGAGCCGCUUCGUGUCGAACGCUGCUCGAAAGAGCGGCGUCGCCGUCAUCUCGGACGUUUCAUUCUGCAUCUGCGUUACUGGCCAGCCACGACACAUACAGCAGCGGCGCCACCAAAAGCAAGAAGCAAAACCAGCGGCGCAAGGAGGACAGGGUUUCAGACACACUGCUCACUGCGUCUCGACUUGGAGCUCAGGCUGCGCGGAUCGACAGGGCUACUUCCGACCGCUUUUCGGGAUGGAAGCCGACGCCGGGACCGAGCUCGCGGCGCAAUGCGGGGCGGCCGCCACUCUCACCCGAUGCAAGGAAGAGUCUGGCACGCGCCACUUCACCAAGCAACCUCGAGCAUCUUCUGGGUGCACAUUCGAAUGCGGUGCUGACCGAGUCGCUGACGGAUGUAGACAGUGCAAGACCAGGCGCCAAGAUCUCGGCACGCGACUUUGUCAUGCCCCGCAGAGACCUCAGACCAGGCGACUUUGUCGAGAUUCGACGCAACGCCCCCACCAUAGGAAUCGUUCUACCCGUGCCGGAAGAUGACAUGCCCACAGAGAAGGAUGCGGACGAUAGGAGUAAGAAGGUCGUGGCUAGGGACCUGUACGUGCUCGUCACUACGGGCUCUGUCGUGCUGUACAGGGAUACAGACGUUAUGUUCCAGAUUCCCAACGUCAUCGAGCCUGAGCUCGUACAGGCUGCAGCCCCGACUAGCAGGAGAUUCGUCGUCACCACCAACAGUCACGAGUCGCCCGUGGACACCGAUGGCAGCUACGAAGAUCACUCGGCGAGCGCAAGUGCAGAUGCCGAUCCGAUUGACGGUGCCGCGCUGCAGGAAGAGCCGAUCGACCAAACGCGCUUCGAGGCACGCGCAGCGAUCUGCGCCAAGAUGCGCAUCCUCGAGCGCCAGAAGGAGCGAGAAUUGCAGCGGUUGCUUCCAAGCUUCCAGUCACUAUUCCUCGUGCCUGGUGCUUCGCAGCAGUCGCGCGAGGUGGCGAAACUCAGGAACAAGAGGACCGACCUACGCACGGGAACCAUCACCACCUACGAGGCGGCCAAACUCAUGCAGGAGCUGUAUGAAAUGCGGGCUUCCAGUGCUCGGGACGGCAAGAAGAAGAUGGGUUCCCGGGACCCCGCGCCGUUUACGGCAAGCACCGUGUACGCCGCGUAUGCGUUGCUCAUUGAGCAGCCAUCGCAUUUUUUGGCGGACGGACUGUCGCACCGCAAGAGUCAGCUCUUCAACUGCCGCAGCGAAGCCGAGCGUGCCAACCUGGAUACGAUCACCGGCUGGAUUGUCGCUCCUCCGAUCUCUGAAGGCCAAGGCUUCAUCGACUCCUUUUGCCGCAAGGCAAGCAAGGUCCGCAAAUGGUCCGAAUCGCAGCAGUACGAUAUGUCCGGCGCGCCGAGGGUCAUUGAAACGCCCGAACCACUCAAGGACGUAGAGUGGACUGCGGAGGACAGGGCAAUCAUCGAGUUUUUGCAAAUCAGUCUGGGCUCGCGCCGUGAGUUGCAGGCCGACACUCACGGCAGCAUCGCCAGCGAGAUCAUCAAGCGUGCCGGCGGACAUUUCCGUCUGCUGCCGCAUCCCAACACAAAAGAGCUGCUGGGCCUCGACGAGGCCGCGCGCAUGCUCCUGACCGACAGCGAGCAGCUGCUCGGCAGGGCGAUCCUCGAGACGGUCGGCACGGAUCUAGCGGGAGGGGUAGACCUGCAGCACGCGCUUGUGACGCGGUUCUUGACUGAGAUUGGUGCGAUCCCGCCGUGGCGGAACCCGACUCGACUCGACGCGACCUUCCGCAGCGCAAUGAUGAGCGAUGGUGGCGGCGAGCCCGAGCGCGAUCCGACGGAGGCCGAACUAGCCCAGCCAACUGUGGUGGAUAGCAAGAGCAUCGCGAAGAAAUUCGGCGUGUCUACGGACGAGCAGGUGGAAGCGAUCCGACACGAUUUUGGCAGGCACCAUCCGGUGUAUGUUAUCGACGACGAGACAGCGUUCGAGCUGGAUGACGGCGUGUCAGUCGAAUCCGUUCCGGGAAGGGAGAAAGAGCAGGCAUGGGUGCAUGUGCACAUUGCCGAUCCAACGGCGUGGAUGCAGCCGGGUGACAGCCUGGCUAAGCGUUCCGAACGCCGUUUCUCGACGCUGUACUUCCCCGAAGCACGCUGGGCGAUGCUACCCGACGACUUUGUCCGUAGCGGCGUUGGUCUUCGCUCCUCAUCCUCCUCCGACUCAGGAGACCACUCAGAGGGUCAGCGCGUGAUGACCUUCAGUGCGCUCGUCGACCUUUCCUCCGGUCUCGUUCAAGACACCAAGGUCCGUCCAGCAUUCGUACACGACGUCCAGGCGAUUACGUACAAGCGCGCGAGCGAGCUGAUUGCCGGCGUCCCGCCUGCGGCGUCCGAAGCACGUCGUGCGGCGGAUCUCUCGUUGCUGAGCCUGGUGGCGACGCGACUGAGCGAGAAUCGCACGCGUAGCACGGCGUUGUUCCCGCACAGGCCCACGUCGUCGGUGAGCGUGUCGCCGCUGCCGCUGCCAGACCUGCCAGCAUCGGCAUCAGCAUUGCAGAGGCCGUAUUUCUUUGCCGGCUUCCCGCAGAUCAGCCUGUCAUCGCGGGCAAUGGACUCGCAGCAGGGCAAGAAGGACGAUGUGCCAGCGAUGGCGAAUUUCGUGGUGGCCGAAUUCAUGGUCCUCGCCGGACGAGUCGCGGCGGCAUACGGAGCUGAGCAUGGGCUCGCGAUGGCGUAUAGGUAUCAAAAUGCACCGCAGACACGGUCGGUCACCGAGGAGCUUCUGGCGAUGCGCACCAACAUGCCGGAUCUGAGCACAGUGGGGGCUCCUCCUGUAUCGCCGAUUGAUGACAGCGGGUUCAUCGCACACGGCUUGGUUCCGUAUGACGACCUGAUCCAGCGCGGUAUCACGCUCGGCUCUGGUGGCUAUUCGGUGCGAUCUGCUCCGCACUUCUCGCUCGGAAUCACCGCGGGUACAGAAAGCCCGUACGCCCCGCUGCCGCACAUGCGAGAUGCUCUCACAAAUGGAGGCUACGUGCGCACAACUAGUCCGCUGCGUCGCUAUCCGGACAUUCUGGCGCACUGGCAGCUCAAGCACCAUCUGGUGCGUGGCAAGCCGCUCUUCGGCGAGCACGACAUCGAGCGCCUCCUCCCGCAGUUGGAGAGGCAAGAGAUGAGCGGCAAACAGCUCAUGCGCAUCUCUGAGCGUUUCUGGCUCCACUUGCUGCUCCAGCGCUCCACUCUGGGCACGCAUUCUGAAGCGGGCCUCCUCAAUCGUCCGUUGACGGCGAUCGUCGCACUGUCCGAGGUGCGAGUCAACCUUCAAACUCUGUCCGCGCGCGUGCGCGUGCACAUCGAGGAACUCAACCUUCCCGCGGACCUCGAGUGGGAGACGGACGGACCGCUGCCUGAAAGCGGCAAGUCGUACAAGGUCGAGCCUGUCGCCGUCAGCAUGGCUGGCAUCCGCGCUGCUCUUCUUGUGCGCCGCGUAUGA